AUGACUUCCUCCUGGGAUAACUACUCCGAUUCGGAGUCGCGUAAUCGCCUUCCAACUCUCUUUGAAGUGCUCAGUCGGCGCACUUUGGCCCCUGUCGAUCUCUUUUCCUUCUACAUUUACAUGCGCGACCAGCAACGCUCUGUCGACUAUCUUGAUUUUUGGCUCGAUGUCUCCCAACAUAUGUCCCUCUGUCGUCAUUAUGUCCGUGAACUUCGUCGCUCUGUACUUGUCGCGACUCCCGAUAUGGAAAGGGCAGACAGCAAACGCUCUUCAGCGAUGCUAGAGAACUUGGAAAACCUUGGAGAUAUUCCGCUCGUGGAGGCUGGCCCCUCACGUCUUCCUGCCAACGAAAAGGAUCGAGAUGCCGACCAUCGUCUUUCGGCUUUCCUGCGAUCUGAAGGCCAGACCUCGUCUCACUCGCCGCGAAAUAGCAUUGGAUCUGAAUCCGUCUACCAAACUCGCACCGAAUCUCCCGAACCACCACGUCACAGCACCGGCAAUGGCGGUGACUCGAACUCCCCCGGUCACACUGUUGCUCGCAAUGACAUCCGUGCUAGCGCUGAAAAGAUCUUGUACACCUACCUGCUCCCAGGCUCUGAACGCGAAAUCGUCCUGCCGGAAGCAAUGGUUUCGACAAUUAUUAAUUUGAUCGAGGAUGACGGCCGUGAUGACCCGGAGGUGUUUGAUCCCGCUAAGGACUACGUUUUCCAGGCCAUGGAGCGGGAUGCGUUCCCAGGUUUCUUGCAGGCCAAGGCUCUGGCUUUGGUGGUGGAUUUUGGGGGGGCUUUCUACGUUGUCCUACGUAACAAGCCCCGGGAUAUCCGUUGCUGGGUCAUUCUUCCUUUCGCCGUUGCUUCCUACUUCAUCGUCUCCUACCAGUACAAGAUUGAUCCGGUCAUGGCAUUUAUCAGCUACAGUGAAUAUACAUUUAUGAACUGGGCACCGAUCCGCGAGAACUAUGUUCGUCAACUCUUGAACAAGCGAGCCAUUGUCACAGCAGCAGUUGCGUUCCUAGUAACGGCCGCCUUGAGUAUCUUGUUCAUCUUCGUUCCCGGCACCAUGAUGUGA